AUGGAGAAAUUGAAAACAUUAUUGAUCGCAAAUCGUGGUGAAAUCGCGGUUCGAAUUGCCAAAACUGCCAAAGAGCUGGGUGUCCGCACAAUUGCAAUCUACACUUCUGCUGACGCGACAUCACAACACCUCCGAGCGGCAGAUGAGGCAGUCCUACUACCGGGUGACGAUUCCACCGCGUACAUUGACGGGGAUGCCAUUAUAGAGAUCGCACAUUCCUACAAUGUUGAUGCGAUUAUUCCGGGCUAUGGAUUCCUGUCGGAGAAUGUGGAAUUUGCCCAAGCUGUCGCCAAUGCGGGGAUGGUCUUUGUGGGGCCUCGCUCCGAAGCCAUUGAGUCAUUCGGGUUGAAGCAUCGUGCUCGGGAUAUUGCUGUGGCAGCCGGAGUUCCAAUUGUACCCGGAACAAAGGGGCUGCUCGUAACAGAGCAGGAGGCAGUUGAUGCGGCAAAUAAACUGGGAUAUCCUGUGAUGCUCAAAGCCACCGGUGGCGGUGGUGGUAUGGGAUUAACGAUAUGCAAAUCAGUGGAAGAGGUCCGAGAGUCCUUGAUGCAAGUUCGGUCCCGAGGAGAAACUUUGUUCAAGAACGCCGGCGUAUUUAUGGAGCGUUACUACCCCGAGAGCCAUCAUAUUGAGGUUCAAGUAUUUGGCAAUGGUCUAGGAGAUGCCAUCCAUAUCGGGGAGCGCGAGUGCUCAGUUCAGCGCCGUCACCAAAAGGUUGUUGAGGAGUGUCCCAGUCCUUUCGUUGAAAGACACCCAGGUCUUCGCGAGAAGCUCACCUCUGCGGCGGUUUCUUUGACCACAUCCAUUCGCUACGGAUCUGCAGGCACAGUUGAGUACCUAGUUGAUGAUGUAUCGGGUGACUUCUUCUUCCUGGAAAUGAACACUCGUCUUCAAGUGGAGCACGGUAUCACCGAGCUCUGUUACGGACUUGAUAUUGUAAAGCUCAUGCUCCAACAGGCUGACCGAGAGCUAUGCGGUCUUGGAGGUCUGGAAAAAAGCUAUAUUAAAGCUUUGCAACCCAAAAAGCCUUCAGGCUGUGCAAUUGAAGUUCGUGUGUACGCAGAAAAUCCUGCACGAAACUAUGCACCAUCUCCUGGAUUGCUUCAACAUGUUGAGUGGAAGGAGUCGAGCGGCACUCGAAUCGAUACGUGGGUUGCUACCGGAACCCGAAUUUCCACAUACUACGAUCCCAUGAUUGCGAAGUUGAUGGUACAUGACACCAACCGAACAGCGGCUAUUGAAAAGUUGGGCGAUGUCUUGUCGAACUCCACCCUCUGCGGACCACCCACGAAUUUGGAAUUUUUACACGCAAUCAUUGAUUCCAGUAAAUUUAGGUCGGGUCAUACUCUCACUAAUUUCUUGACUGAUUUCGAGUUCACGCCUGCUGCGAUUGAUGUCAUAUCGCCGGGUGUGUAUACAACAGUACAGGACUAUCCAGGACGCCCAACAACUGGGCGCGGAAUUCCACAAGCAGGGCCAAUGGACCCUUUGGCAUUUCAAGUUGCAAACAUAUUGGCCGGCAAUCCGGUCGGGACCGAAGGCCUAGAAAUUACAUUGAAAGGACCAGAGCUACGGUUCCUAGCACCUGCAAUGGUAUCUGUCUGUGGAGCUCCAAUGGGAAUUACAAUUGAUGGGGCCGAUGUAGCAAUGUGGACACGACUAUAUAUCAAAUCUGGCCAAACCCUAUCAAUCGGAAAGCUCAAUGGAUCUGGAGGGUGUCGAGCAUAUCUCGCUGUUCGAGGAGGAUUCCCAGGAAUUUCCCCAUACUUUGGAUCAAAGUCAACCUCUCCUCUACUUAGUAUUGGCGGGUAUCAAGGAAGAGCACUGGCUCCAGGGGAUAUGUUGGCAAUUUCAAAGCUCGAUUUAUUCGAAGAAGAGUCUGAAGUCUCAUUGCCCAUUCAUUUACGCCCGAACUACCCCCCUCAUUGGGACAUUGAUUCCAUGGUAGGGCCAUAUGACGAGGGGUACAUUGUAUCCGAAGAUGUGGAAAUGAUAUACAACACAGUUUGGGAUGUUUCGCAUAAUGCCACUCGAGGCGGAAUUCGCCUUGUUGGACCUGCUCCUAGGUGGGCAAGAGAAGAUGGCGGCGAGGGCGGACAGCACCCUAGCAACGUGAUUGAAUACGGAUACCCGAACGGAACCUUGAACUGGACAGGAGACAGCCCUUGCAUCUUCCCCGUGGAUGCCCCUGAUCUUGGUGGCUUUAUAUCAUCUACUACAAUUGUGAAUGCCAGCCUGUGGCGUAUGGGCCAACUUAAAUCCGGCGACACUAUUCAAUACCGCAGAGUAUCAUUGAAAGAUGCUCUUCAGGCUCGUGAGAAAUUGGAAAGGUUUUUGGAAAGUGUGUCAGGACUUGUAGCCGGACAAUGUGACGUGAGCACCAUAGAGCCAAUCUCCAAUUCCGAAUUGCCAGAGUCAACUAUGUCUGGUAACUGGGGGAAGGCGUUGAUUCAUAGCACUGUGCUGGGGGAAUCUGGGAUUUCUAUGUCAUUCAGACAGGGUGGAGAUGACUUCUUAUUAGUCGAAUUUGGUGAUGGGAAGUUCAAUUUGAAUCAUCGGUGCCGAGUAACAGCAUUGAACGAAGCCUUCAAGAAUUCUCAAGAGUCCGACGAAUCUGUGAAGCAAGCCGUAUACAAGACCACCGGAUGCUGCAAUUUUGGCGAUCUCAGUAGCUCCCAUGUUCCAAGUCGAAAGUUUCGUCUUCCUAUCUGCUUCGAAAGUCCAGCUCAGCAGGAGGCAAUCCAGCGAUAUAUGGAGACCCAAAGACCACAUGCUCCAUUCUUACCCAGUAACAUGGACUUUGUGGCCAAUAUCAACGGCAUUACGCAUGAUGAAUUGGUGGAUAUUUUUCUCUCGGUUGAGUUCAUGGCUAUUUGUGUCGGAUUCUUCUGUGGCGAUACAAUCUGCCUCCCAAUCGAUCCCCGCUAUCGGUUGAAAUGCCCCAAGCAGAACCCCAGUCGUGUAUACACCCCGGAAGGAAGUGUCAGCUGGGGUGGAUCAUGCAUGAACAUCUAUCCCGUUGACGCUCCAGGUGGAUAUCAAAUGACAGGGCAAACCAUUCCCUGCUUCAACCAAUUGGGAGUGAAGCCCGACUUCUCGCCAAGUCAGCCAGGUCUUUUCCGUGACUUCGAUCAGAUCACCUUCUACCGAGUGGAGAAAGACGAGCUGGAGAGUGAGAUGGCUCGUUUCCGGUCCGGAAAUUAUAAAUUUCAAUACGAGGAUGUCAUAUUUGAUAUGAGCGCCCACAAUCGUCUCCUCGAUCAAACCAGAGAAGAAACCGCGGCAUUUAAGUCUCGCCAAUCCAAGGCUGAGGUAAAAAUGCUGGCCCUGGAAAAGGAAUCGAUGGACAAGUGGAUAGAGGAGAGAGCGAAGAACAACGUUCCUGCCAAUGAAAUUGAACUUCUGAGAGAAGACCCUGAAGUUUUAACGUUAUAUGCUCCUCUGGACGCAAAUGUUUGGAAGGUCAACGCUGAGGAUGGCACUAUCGUCUCCUCUAAUCAGGCCGUUGCUAUCCUCGAGGCAAUGAAGAUGGAAGUCGCUGUCUCCUAUAAUGGCGAUAAGAAAGAUGGUCUUGAUCAGUCCUUUAGAAUUGAGAAGAUGCUUGUCCAGCCGGGUGAUACGGUAAAAGCUGGAGAUUCACUUGCAUUUUUGAAAAAUGUAUGA